GCGGUGGAGUUUCUCUUCUAGCAGCAGGUGUCCGCGUCUAGGUCAGCAGCUAUGGGCUCUGUUGGAGCGGAUCGCUUCAAGGAUCUCAGCCCUGUGGUGACCCCGGAGGGGAACGUGGUGAUGAGCUUCAGCUUCGACAGCUACCAGUUGGAGGAGGAAGAGCUCCAGGCAAAGGGGAACCAGGCAAAGGGGGUCCUUACCUUCAUGGAGCCAGCUUCUGAGGACCCUGAGCCGCAGGACCAAUACCAUGGAAUUUACUUUGCCAUGCUGCUGGCAGGAGUGGGCUUCCUCCUGCCCUAUAACAGCUUUAUCACUGACGUGGACUACCUGCAUCAUAAAUACCCAGGAACAUCCAUCGUGUUUGACAUGAGCCUCACCUACAUCCUGGUAGCCUUGGUUGCAGUCAUCCUGAACAACGCCCUGGUGGAGAUGCUGAGUCUGCACACCCGGAUCUCCGUGGGGUACCUGUUCGCCCUGGGUCCCCUUCUCUUCGUCAGCAUAUGUGACGUCUGGCUGGAGCUCUUCACCCGCCAGCAGGCGUAUGCCAUUAACCUCAUCGCAGUCGGGGUGGUGGCCUUCGGCUGCACAGUGCAGCAAUCCAGUUUCUAUGGCUACACCGGGAUGUUGCCCAAGCGCUACACUCAGGGGGUGAUGACUGGUGAGAGCACCGCUGGGGUCAUCAUCUCCCUGAGCCGCAUCUUCACCAAGCUCCUGCUGUCGGAUGAGAAGGAGAACACCAUCAUCUUCUUCUUCAUCUCCAUCGGCAUGGAGCUCAUGUGCUUCAUCCUCCACUUGCUGGUGAAGCGCACGCGCUUUGUCAGGUACUACACAGCCUGCUCCCGAGAGCGGGGCCCCGGCGGCAAAGGAGUGCCGGACCGGGGGACUGGAUACAGGGUGCACCACGAUGUCACCACGGAGGACGUCCGAUUUGAGAACCGGCCUCGUGGGCUGGCCGGCUCCCCGACAGGCAGCCUGGGGCACGAAACCGAGCUGGCCGGCAGUGGGACCUACAUGAGGUUUGAUGUCCCACGACCAAAAAUCAAAAGGACCUGGCCCAGCUUCAGAGACAUGAUGCUCCACCGCUACGUCGUGUUCAGGGUGAUCUGGGCCUACAUGCUCUCCAUAGCCAUGACCUACUUCAUCACGCUGUGCCUCUUUCCUGGGCUGGAGUCGGAGAUCCGCAACUGCACUCUCGGGGAGUGGCUCCCCAUCUUAAUCAUGGCUAUCUUCAACCUCUCCGACUUCGUAGGCAAGAUCCUGGCUGCCCUGCCCUAUGACUGGAGAGGGACCCACCUCCUCAUCUACUCCUGCCUCAGAGUGAUUUUCAUCCCUCUCUUCAUCAUGUGUGUGUACCCUAACGGGAAACCGGCUUUUGGGCACCCUGCGUGGCCCUGCAUCUUCUCCCUCCUCAUGGGCAUCACCAACGGGUACUUCGGCAGCGUCCCCAUGAUCCUUGCUGCUGGCAAAGUGGGCCCCGAACAGCGAGAACUGGCAGGCAACACCAUGACAGUGUCCUACAUGACUGGCUUGACUCUGGGCUCUGCCGUUGCCUACUUUGCCUAUACCCUCACCAGCACGUCUCGCAGUUCCUGCUUCCACACCCAAACCUACAACAGCUCUUUCACGGCAGGGUACUGAGCGGGCGACGUGGCGGGGGCCGCACGAGCUCUGUGACUGGUGGGUCGGGUUUAUGGGCGUGAGAGCGAAGGGACCAGCAGAUCCUUGGCCUGGGAAGGAGAGAGGAAUGGGAAUGAACUGCCCUGUGUCUAAUCAGUCAGUUCCCAUUCGAAAUGGGAUCCCUGAAACACUUAAUGCCCUAAGAUGGAGUGACCUGCAGGUGUCUGAGAUGGUGAUGGGCUCCUCUUGAGCAGAACCCAAUGUGCAUCUGCACCAGGUUAAAGGAAGGGAAGGGAAAACACCAAACCUGGAAAGCAGCCCCUCAAGCUGGGAGUGAAGUUGGCCUCCAAAGCAGUGCAGAAGGGUGUGGGGGGCCACGCAGAUCCCAACAUUUAGGGCCUGCCCCUGGCUGUGCUGAAGCAAGCUCUGUCUAGACCUAGCUCCAUCUCCAGUGGCGGCACCCUGCCUUGGUCUCGGGGGGCAUGGGAUAGCAGGUGAGAACUUCACAGAGCUGGCAGGUGGGCACUAGAGGGGAGUGGGCUAGCACGUGCCUGGUGUAACCCCACUCAACGCUGUGGUGUUAAACCAGGGAUAAGGUUGGCCCUAGACAGUGGCAUGUCCACCUUCGGGUUACUUUCACUCAUGGUGGCCCGCUUGGGCUUGGGUGGGCUUUGCACUGGUGGUACCUGGAGAACGUGCACAUGGGUCAACCGGCCAACUGAGGGCAGGUCUGUAAAUCCUGGAGAACCCUUGCACCCAGGAGUCUGGCCAAUGUGUACACCUGCCCUUGAGGAGGGGAGGAAAGCCAGCCCUCUGCUCCAUCCCUGGAGGGAACAGCGGCAAAGACCUUCCCUGGAUGUAGUUUUGGGGUUCUGUGUCCCCCCCACCCCAGCCCGGAAAGGAAGAGGAACGUGGUUUUGAUGAAUGCAGCAGAUCAGCCCUGCUCAUCCAUCCAAGACAACCUCAGACAUUUGUCCUGGUCCUCAGCCCAAACCUAUAGGCACCAGAGGGGAAACGCACCCUCUGAAAACAUCCCUGUGUACCACCACCCCAUCACCUCGGUGCGCAGCCCGGGGUCGGCACAGCCACUACCUUUGUAGUGUGUACCGCGUCUGGUUAGGGGGCAUGGGACAGCACUGCCUGGCCGUGUACCUGUUGGCACAGCUCCCUGAGCUAACACAACGUGUUGCCAGUGUGAACCCGCAAUACGUGUGUUGUGGGUUUGGGGGCGGAGAGGAAAGGAGCGGGCAGGGGAGUUGCAAAGAAGAACUGAAACAUGUCUACAUCUGUAGGUUUCUUUUCUUCUUUAAAUCCCCCUUCCAGGAGCUGCAGGGCAAAUCUGACAAUACUCAGUGUUUUCCUUUUAAUUAAAAACACUGAGCGUUUCCAGGCACCCACAUGGGAGAGCUUGAACACAUGAACCCAAAGGGCUGAGAAGAAGAUCUUGAAGGAUCCCUAGUGCUGGUUUACCCCCAUGCUUUUAAACCAUGUUAUUCCGAACCUGUUUCCUUGACUGGGGAGGCCGGUCCAUUCUCGCUGAACUCUUGAUGGUCCCACGGCUCUGCCCAUCUCCUUCCUCCUGCUCUGAAUUGCAGGGUGGCAAAUAUUGUGUCCUUUCAUCUGCUUGAUAGAGCUAGAUGGUGCAGACCAGCCUAGCACAGGCAGAACGACAGAGAAAGCCAAGCUACGUUAAUUGGCCAAUUGAUGCUCUGCAGAACGUAUCGUACAGCACAAUGAUGAGAUCCAUCACCUCCCACCCCCCUCUACUUCAAAUGGGAGUGUAGCUAAUUUUAUAACACUUUAAAUAUGUUUUAUAGGCUGUCAUGUUCCUUUUUAAAAAAAAUACAGGAGUGGCUGCAGAAGCUGUUUAUGGCAGAAUCAAUAGACUCAUUUUUCUCCCAUUGGGGGAAAGCAAAACCUUUUUGAACGUAGUUUUCCAGGGGUUAGUGUUUAUCUUUAAUGGCCUGGUUGCCUGCAAAAAGCCACAGCCAUUGCGCUCAGAUUUCAUAGAUGUUAGGGCUGGAAGGGACCUCGCAAGAUCAUCGAGUCCAGCCCCCUGCCCCAAGGGGCAGGAAGUCAGCUGGGGUCAAAUGAUCCCAGCAAAUUAGGCAUCCAAAUGUUUCUUGAAAAUGCCCAGAGUAGGUGCCUGCACUUCGGGGGCGGAGUCUGUUCCAGACGCUCGGGACUUGGACAGUAAAGAAGUUUUUUUCUUAUGUCCAGCCUGAAACGGUCUUCCUAGAGUUUGUAACAGUUAGACCUUGUCUUCCUUGGGGCGCUCUGGUGAGCGGACGUUCUCCCAGCU